CUGGCCCGGGACAGCAGAGCGCCCUGCUGACAUGGAGGAGUCACCCCCAGAGGACAGGAGACUGGACUUCAUAGCGGACUAUGUGCUGAGGACCCUGAGGCUGAAACAGGACAAAUGGCAGAAGUGCGUGUCCAGCGAGGACAAUCGGCAGGUGCUGCAGGAGUUCCUGGACAAAGCCGAGCAGAGGACUCUGGUGGUGUCAGUGACCGCGGCCGGACUGCUGCAGCCCGCCGCCGCCUUCACUGCCGCUUCCAAAAACAAGGCGGUGUACUUUGUGAAACGACACAAAGCGGCGCUGAGUCCAGGCUCCAUGAAGGAGAACUUGGUCUACGGGGACUUGUCUUGCGCUCCACUGGAUCAGUUUUCUGCUCUAGUUGAGGAGGUUGUGGCCCCAUUGCUGUCUAACAGUAGGAACCACACUGAAUGGCCACAGGUAGUGUCUCUGGACGUCAGACACCACGUCCACUCCCUCAAGACCAAUGUGUUUGUGGUGUCGGGCCAAGUUCAAGGCAAGACUCUGCUGCCUCUCCCUGUAGACUCUGAGAGAGUCGAGCAAGCUGCUCUGGAGACAGACAAAAUGGGGGUCAUAGUGGAUAAGAGCAUCAUCCACUCCUUGGAGUCAGCGGUGAUUGAGUGGAGCCAUCAGAUCCGCGCUGUCCUGAAGAAAGACUCCUCUGAGGCUCUGCUGGAAGGCAAAAACCCCACACCCCACACAGAACUGCUCUUCUGGAAGAACAGGUCGGCACCUCUGUUAUUACAGACUGAAUAUCCACUGGCUAUGUCUGAGAAGCACUUGUUCCAGUGUUGUGACUGUGUGAAAAUAACACGUCCCUACAGGACCUCAAAGUUGAAUUGUUUUGGAAGCUUUUGCUGGUGCGACUAAUUAUUUGAAUUUCAGAACACCUGUGCUAUCAAGUGAAAAAUGUAAUUUGGAGCCCAGUGCUCGCCUUUUAUUUCUUUGUUGUGCUGACGCAGCAGAAUUAUAUCUUUUGAGGCCAG